AUGCCCGUAACGAUCAGCCCAAGCAAGCUGAGAUCCAAGUUCGACAUCAAAGCUCUUCUCUGCAAACAUGGUGUAACAAAUCUACGCAGAAGGAAGACGAUAAGAGAAGUCGAGGACGACCCGCCCCCGCUCCCACCCAAGGACGAGACGAAAGCACGUCGUCGCUACAUCGAGAGCUGGCAGCAGCUCUAUACAGCCUUCGAGAUAUCUCAGCUCGCCCGCGCACCUUCACCAGACUCACUCGCGUCCACUUCACACGAAGGUGCGCCCAAGGGCCUCCACCCGUCACAGUCACCACAGUCGACUGCGGUCUUCCUCACGCGACAAUUGCGGCCUUCCCAAUCUAAUCUCACAGCAAACAACCCGGGAUCCGGACUUCAACGGGAAACCCCAGUGUCACUCUCGUCGCGUGCAGGCGUGCGUGGCCAAGCACAUGCAUACCCGCACGCCCAAGCACCUCCCACGCCCCCGCAUACCCAACCUGCUCCCUCGCGCAUCCCGAUGGCAACCCAUCGCCUACCCCUCGCCCGCGGGCGUGUUCCCGAGCGGCGCAUCGCGUCAACCCCUGAUGAAAUUGAGCUUCGCCGCCGUGAGGCGCUGAAAGCGAAGGAACGGGAGGAGGAGCAGGCGCGGCACGAGGAAGCCCAACGGCAAGCUCGACUGAAACAGCAGAAAGAAGAGGUGCUGCGCCGCUACGCAGAGGAGGAGCGGCUUCGCAAGGCGGCACUCGAGCAACAAUUACGCAGGGUUGCAGAAGAACGCAAACGUAAGGAGGAAGCUGAGCGUGAAGCCGAGGACCUCAUCCGCCUGAGCAUCGCGGAGCGGAGGAGGGCUGAGCGAGAACGGCGUGUUGAGGAGACCCGCAAGCUGCAAGCAUGGCGCAACGAACAGACGAAGCGGGCGCAGGAGAUGUCAGGUAAGAGAGAGGAGAUGCGCAGGCGCGUCUUGGGGGAGAGGCGGGCUUUGGCCCAACGGCUCAAGGCAACCGUCAGGUCGGAGGGUGGGAGGCAAGUGCACAUGUCAGGCUGGGUCACUGUACAAGCCGGUCAGGGUACAGUGUGGAAGCGACGCUACUAUCAGCUUGAUGAUGAUGCGCUCAUAUUAUUUAAGAAUCCAGAGGAGCUGUCACUACCCCUCGAAACCGUUGCAUUGGCUACGAUCCGACAUAUCAGAGAAUGGCAAGAGGGCUAUGAAGAGCUUGAGGGGGUAUCGCAUUCUUUCGCUGUCGAGUUCGGCGACGGGCGUGAGGCCUGGUCAAUGUUUGCGGACUCCGCCCAAGACAAGGAAUACCUUGUGGCGCUUCUCAGCCAGAACGCGUCUAUGUGA